UCUGCGACGCGUAUAUGCAAACGUGAUCAAUCAAUCUCUACAGCACCGUGGGAUCUCUCUACUUCGGAGUUCAGAAUCAGAAUCAGAAUCAGAGGAAUCCAUUUUCUCUGAUCGGGAUCUGGAAGGAACGAACGAACGAAUCGGCAUGGGUUUCUUGGUGACGACGCUAAUCUUCGCGGUGAUUGGAAUCAUCGCAUGCCUCUGCACCAGAAUUUGCUGCAAUAGAGGACCUUCUACCAAUCUGUUUCAUUUAACUUUGGUUAUUACUGCAACAAUAUGCUGCUGGAUGAUGUGGGCGAUUGUAUACCUAGCACAGAUGAAACCGCUCAUAGUACCUAUACUGAGUGAGGGCGAAUAGGUCUCCGUGUGAAAAGACGUAGCUCCUUGUAAGUUAGACAAUAUGGACCACAGAUUCGAUGCUGGAAAGAAUUUGAUAUCAGCCCUUGUGAAUCAUUCAGUAUUGUGAAUCUAUAUGUAUUUUUUUGUUGGAUAAUGGAAUUUUUAUUGCUGUUGGAGUUGUUGUAUUUAACCUCAUUCAUUUCAGAUGUCAGUAGACUGUAGACAAUGAUAUUACGUAUGUAUUUUGGUGAGAAAUAAGUUGAUGAAAGAAAAAUGUUUCCUCACAUGACUACAUGAGGGACAUUAUGAAUGACGUCGACACCAUAUUCUUGGA